CUCUUGUAUAUAAGUAUAUGAGGCUAAGGAGUUUUCUUCAACAUUCUGGAUCAUUACUUCUGCACUAGCUUGUUCGUAUAACUUGCUAUUUGAUUGCUUCUUUCAGUUCAAAAGAGAGUUUUUAAUUUAGUGAAAAUGGCUUUGACUGGUAAGGUAGAAACGGAUGUACAUAUCAAGUCUUCUGCUGCAAAGUUCCAUGACAUGUUCACCCACAAACCACAUCACAUUUCCAAUGUCAGCGGCAGCAACAUUCAAGGCUGUGAUUUACAUGAAGGUGACUGGGGAACAGUCGGUACUAUCGUCUGUUGGAAUUAUGUUCACGACGGAAAAGCUUGUGUUGCGAAGGAAAAAAUUGAAGCCAUAGAUGCAGAAAAGAACUUGGUGACUUUCAGAGUACUUGAGGGAGACCUAAUGGAUCAUUACAAGAGCUUCGUGAUCACCCUUCAAGCCAAUCCAAAAGAUGAAGUCGAAGGCUGCACCGUGCACUGGACUAUGGAGUAUGAGAAACAUCACGGCGAUAUUACCGAUCCACAUACCCUGCUCCAGCUUGCCGUCGAGGUUUCCAAUGACAUCGAUGCUCACCUUACUGCCGAUGUGAAAGAGAUCGAUACCCCAAUGGCGAACAGUAAGUUUGGGAAGGUGGAGACGCAUAUUGACAUCAAGGCUUGUGCUGAGAGGUUCUAUGAUAUAUGGCUGAACAAGCCACACCAAAUACCAAAUAUGAUCACCUCCCACACCCGUGCUAGGCUUACCAGUGUCGAUGUACAUGGUGACGAUCGCCACUCAGGUGGAAAAGUCGGUACUCUCAGCUCCUGGAAUUAUGUCCAAGAUGGGAAAGCUAAAGUAGCUGAGGAGAUAAUCGAAUCCAUAGAGAGGGAGAACAAAUCAGUGACUUGGAAAGUAAUUGGAGGAGACCUACUUGAGCAUUAUAAGAGCUUCAAGUUCAUUCUGCAGAUUACUACUCAAAAUGGUGAUCAGGCCUUAUCGGUGGCGUAUUGGAUUUUGGAAUAUGAAAAGGUUAAUGACAAUGUUCCAGAUCCCCACGGUUUGCUCCAGUUGGUAAUUGACGUCAACAAAGAUGUCGAUGCCCAUCUGAACACCUGAAUCAGCUACUUAAUUAUGGGACAUUAUCAGCCCAUAACGUACCCACAAGCAGCGUUGUUUACUUCCAUUUGAUCAUAUGUUUGUCUAUGUUUUCCUAUAGUAAGUAAGGCUGCCUUCAUCUUUUUAAUCCAAUCUUGUCAAGGAAUAAGCAG